AUGCAACAAUGGAAAUUCCUGAUCGUUGCCGUCGCCUUCCUGGCCUGCGCCUAUGCCGAUGUCUCGGAGCUUUCAGCCGGCGGCUACGACUAUCCCCAGCCCGCUCCACCGGCGCCUGUGAAGAGCUACAUCCCCCCUCCGCCACCACCACCCCCACCGGCACCCAAGAACACCUACAUCCCACCCCCGGCGGCCCCCGCCAAGGCCUACAUCCCACCCCCACCACCACCACCGGCGCCCAAGAACACCUACAUCCCCCCUGCCCCAGUGGCCGCUCCCGUGGAGACCUACAUCCCUCCCGCCGCCCCUGCCCCCUCCUACAUCCCUCCAGCCCCCGUCCAGGCCGAGGAGCCCAUCAUCGAGGAGAUCGAGGAGCCCGCCCAGGACGGAUACCGCUACAAGACCGUCCGUCGUCGCGUCUUCCGCCACCGCAACUAA